GCAUUUUUGGGUGUAAACAAAUUUAAUUUAAAAUGAAUAAUACAGUCGUCUGCCGGCAGUAAGUUUUAGACCACCAUAUCAAAUCAGAUCUGAAACCCUUCGACCCCACCAUGACCUCCUGGCCCUCAUCGUCCGAUCCCUCUAAUCAGGAGGCUGUUAUAAGAAAGAGAAGCCCGGGGUCCCAAUUUAAGUUCUUGGUUCCUCUUAUAUAUGCCCCUGUUCUUCCGCUCAUUCGACUCUCGCUGCGUAAGAACCCAGUUGUACGGGAUCGUUUGUUUACUGCUGUGUUGGCGGGAGCAUUUGCCCAUGGCUUUUAUUUGGUAACUGAUCUGUAUGAUGCUGAGAGCAAGUAAAUGUGCGGAGCAUGGCUUGAAUUGAUUUGCGGGUUCGUUGCAGCCCAAUGUUCCAAUGGCACCAACAAUAGCUGAAGCCAACUUUGAUAAUUUUUUUGAGAUUAGUUUCAGAUUAUAUCCAUUUAUCAUGGAGUGAUACAGUUCACAACACAAUACAUUUCAUUUUCUUUUCACUGAAUGGAGGUGUAAGAAUCCGAAUCAUUUUUCUGCUUAUAAUUGCAAGUGAAAUAAAUACAGAAUGACUCAACUGGUUUUGUGAA